AUGGCCGGCAUGUCACAACAGAGAGAAUCUUGGCAAUAUCUGCUUGAGUUCAACUGCAUAUUCAGAAGUACUUCAAGUGAGUAUUUGAAUUGCAAAUAUUUCUGCAACCUCUGCAACUACCACUGUAAAGAUGUGGAGCACUCCAUCAGACAUUUGGAAAGGGAUGAUAAGCACUUGAAACUUAUGGAGUUGAAAAAAAUUGCAUUGGAUUUCAAAUUUGGGCCAACAUCAAACAACCCGACACCGAGGCAUCCAGAUCAGCUGGAUAAAUUUCUAUCUAAUCUGUACCAUGCGGUGUCUUUGUCGCCCGAAGAUUAUGAGACUAGGGAGACCUCGACAAAAGCAGUAGCCAAGAUGUACGGAUCGACGAGAACGAAAUGCGCCCUCCUAACUUCGGAUCUCAACAUCAACGUUCGAACUGAUCGGCCAGUCGAAGUUUUGAAGCUCCUGCAUAAGAUGAUGGUUGAAGACGAGAAUGGUUUGUUGAUUGGUUGGGUGGCGUGA